AUGUGUUCAGAUCGCAGCCCUCAGCAUCCCUCGUGUUUGUUCUUCCAGUACAACACACAGCUGGGCCCUCCCUAUCACAUCCUGGUUGAUACCAACUUCAUCAACUUCUCCAUCAAAGCCAAGCUGGACCUGGUGCAGUCAAUGAUGGACUGUCUCUAUGCCAAGUGUAUUCCCUGCAUCACGGAUUGUGUAAUGGCUGAAAUUGAGAAGUUAGGACAGAGGUAUCGUGUGGCAUUAAGAAUUGCCAAAGAUCCUCGAUUUGAGCGCCUGCCUUGUAUGCACAAAGGGACCUAUGCAGAUGACUGCUUGGUACAAAGGGUUACUCAGCACAAAUGUUACAUAGUGGCCACGGUGGAUAAAGAGCUCAAGCGCAGAAUACGAAAAAUCCCAGGAGUGCCCAUAAUGUAUAUUUCCAGGCACAGGUACAAUAUUGAGAGGAUGCCAGAUGAUUAUGGAGCUCCUCGAUUCUAGCCUAUCCAGCAAGCCAUCAUGCCAGCAUAAGGGUCCUUCUG